CGCUACGAACCUAAUUUAUAACAACACUUCGCGAACUAACUGUGUAUAACCUUCAUAAAAUUCAUCGUCCAUAAACAAUCUGACCUUCAUUCGUUUCUCGAAUCAAAAUACCGGUCAUGUGAAUCAUGGGCAUUCUUCCACGAUAACAAGGGAGCUACAGGCGAUUUGCGAGUUCCUCAAAAAGAUCAUGUAGCGAGUACGACGUCUGCAAACACUGCGCAGUUCCUGUCACCACAGUUAGAUAGGCAUAUGUCUGUCUCGCAAGCCACGAUACUAGCAGAAAUCCAAAGACUACAAGAAGAACUCGCGGGAAUCAAGCGCUCAAGCUCUUCAAAAAUAUCCCUAGAAGUGACACGUACAUUACAAACUCCACAACAUAUACCCAUCACAACGCCUGCUGCAGCAGCAGCAGCAGAUCAAUGCGCAAACAUGCCUCUUACAAAUAAUUCACGACCACUGUCGAAUGACCGUGAACUUCCUCACUGCUGGAAUUCAUGUUGCAAUGGUCGCACGUUCUCGACUCAGAGUAACCUUGUUAGACAUCAGAGAGAGAAGCGUGGUGUGGGUACGGAUCUAAAGUGUUCGUUUUGCGGUGUUGGAUUCAGUCGGAGUGGUGCGAGGAAAGCGCAUGAGGCUGAGAGACGGUGUCGUAAUCUUUAAAAGUGGCGUCGUGACGGCGGACGAAUAGACUUUGGUUAUGCUCUCAAAGAUUCGGUAUCUAGAUGGUGCAAGACUCCCGCUUAGAAUUUAACUAC